UGUGAGAUGUCAAAAGCGAUAUUAAUUGAAUGGCAUUUAAUUUGCACAACUUCAGAGACUUACAUAGCAGUGCAGGCCAUCAAUUUUCCACUUGAGAGGGAAAUCAUCUUCUUUUGGUUUCUGCUUGUGUGCUCGAAGAAAUCUCCCAAUGUGGUGUAGUGGACAUUGCUGGGGAAAAUAUCCCACACCAGUUUUAUGUUCUGUGUUUUCGAAAUAUAUUCUGAUGUGGAAUAUGAAUCACUCUUUAUUAAAUUUAUCUUUGAAACUAAUAAAAUGGGAAAUUAAUUUAGUGUAAUAGUUUUCUUAUCAAUCUCUUUCAUGUGCUAUCCCAUCAUCAGCACUCGACAUCGAACAUUUCUCAGCACUGUCAGCACUUUAUUUGGAUUCGAACUUCAACAAUGCCACAACAACCGCAUCGCGGCUACCGCCACCGAGUGGCUCACUUCACUCUGAAGUCGACUCUGUACGCGUCCUGGGCUCUGGGCCUGUUCCCGUUCACCUACGACUCCCGGACGAGGCAGUUGACACGGUCCCGAUGGCUUCUAUCCUAUGGCCUAGUCCUGAACCUGGGCUUGAUAGGGGUGGUGCUGCUACCGGGCACAGAAGACCACAGGGACGUCAGGAUAGACAUGUUCGAGCGGAAUCCAAUUAUACAGCAGGUGGAGAAUAUGGUCGAAAUUAUCAGCUUCCUGACAGCCGUCGCUAUGCAUCUGGGAAUAUUUUGGAAGAGCAGGGAAAUGGUCACCAUCCUAAAUGAGCUCUUUCUUCUGGAGAAACGACACUUCAGUAACCUAAUCCUAGCGCACUGCCACCAGUUCGACAAGUAUGUAAUCCAGAAGUGCAUACUGGUGGUGUUAGAGGUCGGCUCCUCCUUGCUGAUCUACUUUGGAGUUCCCGACAGCAAUCUCGUGGUCACGAGAGCCUUUUGCAUAUACCUGGUGCAGGUGGGCGUGCUCCUCGGCGUGACCCACUUCCACCUGGCCGUGAUCUACAUCUACCGCUUCGUGUGGACCAUCAACGGACAGCUCCUCGAGUUGGCCAAUCAACAAAGGCGGGGCCAGAAGGUGGACCCGGCCCGGAUCAAGCUGCUAUUCUGGCUGUAUAGUCGCCUCCUGGAAGUAAACUCACGACUGGCUGCCAUCUAUGAUAUUCCGGUGACCCUCUUCAUGGUCACCCUCAUGUCUGCCAACAUCAUGAUCGCCCAUGUGCUCAUCAUUAUAUGGAUCAAUCAGUUCUCGCUCCUGGACAUUCUUCUGUUAUUUCCCCAAGCCCUACUCAUCAACUUUUAUGAUCUUUGGCUAAGCAUAGCUUUCUGCGAACUGGUAGAGAGCACCGGCAGACAGACUUCUGACAUUCUGAAGCUCUACAAUGAUGGGGAGGAUAUGGACGAAGAGCUGCAACGAAGUCUCUCGGACUUUGCUCUGUUCUGCAGCCAUCGCAGACUGAGGUUUCGCCACUGUGGACUGUUCUACGUGAACUACGAGAUGGGCUUUCGUAUGAUCAUCACCAAUAUCUUAUAUCUUGUUUUCCUGGUGCAAUUCGAUUAUAUGAACUUGAAGUACAAAUAA